AUUCUGGACCGGUGUUGUAUCACCCGAUGCAUGACUCUAGAUUGGCACACCGGCAUAGUACCAACUUGCCAGCGCAGUUCUGACUGCAGACUUGACCGGUUUGCGGAGGAGAGAUAGCCUAACCCAACCAACUCCAAUCUGAGACAAUGGCAAUGUGUGGGAAACUACACCUAUAUCUAUCCAGAUGUAGGCCUAUCCAGCACCUUUGUCUUCUGGUUGUCAGCUGUGUUGCCUCCUCUUCCCCGGAUCCCGUGCCCAUCGUCUCCACCGUGGGCAGCCAGGCGGUGCUUCCCUGCAGCUGGAAGUCCGAGCUUAACGUUAUCAACAACCCGAUCUGUCACAUCCAGUGGCAAACUCCCGCCAGUACAGUGUUUGAACAGCGGGGGACGCAGCGGUGGGAGGCCAGCGAGUUUAAAGGGCGGUUGGUGGUGCCCGAAGACAAGCUGGACCAAGGUGACUGCUCUUUGAUCCUGAAUGACGUGCAGCACGGAGAUGUGGGGCUCUACGAGAGCUAUGUGGUGGUGAUGAAACAGAGGAUCUUCAUACAAAGGGUCCGACUCGUUGUCCACGACCACAAGUUAAAGCAGUCCCUGAGGUUGGGAGACAACCUGCUCUUGAAGCUCCACACCCCCAAGUCAGCAAGGGUGGUGGCCCAGAGAGGGAACACCUCCAGCUGGGAGGAAAUGUGGGUGAGGGGGGAGGAACGCUUGGAGGAGCGCCUAGAGGAGCAGGAAGGAGGUGACCUGGUCCUCAGGGGGCUACGGAGGGAGGACGAGGGAACCUACAGGGUCCUGGAUGCCCAGGGGCUGGCGGUGAGCACGCUGAAAGUCACCGUGAACGAGGUCCCGAAGAUCCAGGAAGUCCCUCGGAUAGAGACAAGACAAGGUGACCCUGUCGGUGAAGGCAGAAUGAACAGACCCUCCUCUCUGGGCAUUGCUCUUCUGUUAAGUUGUCUCAUUGUCCUCCUCUGACUGUCACCCUAGCAACAGUCACCCUAGUGCAGUCAGGCCUUCAGCUAAGGUCAGACUUGGUUGAAUAGUUAAGCCUGGGUGUUCAGUUAAGGUUAGCACAUCAUAAGUAAGGUUUUGAAUUGUUAGGUGUUUGUGUGGCUUCAUGUUAUGCCUCUAAACUGAACUGAUAUGAGUACAGUGUAAUUUUCGAUUCUUUUAGUGUUCUGGUGAAGUUUAUUUCAAGAAAAUUGGCACUAAAUGGUUAGUUAAAAACACGAAACAAAAAGCAAAGAUGCACUGGCUGAACCUAAACAAAUGAACAAAAGUCCCUUGUCUUAGCAGUACUCUUGUGGAUAAACCAACAUGUGGAUCAUCUGAGCAGAAUCCACCGCCAGCAGCCCAGAGAAGGUAUGAUGCUGCAUGCAAGUGACCACUUGUCGGUGAAGGAAGCGUGCACAUAGGACAACCUAGACAUCCGCAGGCCCUCAUUUCUCUUUACUCAUCCAUUCAAUCAGACGUUGCUUUUGGACAGCUGUGGUGCAACUGUAAUGUGUUGUAAUGUUUUCUUGUUGUGUUUCUCAAAUGCACUUUACUUUCAUGAUAUUUGUCUUGACACAAUUCUGUUGAUCAUGAGUGCCGUUGGUCCGUGAUUGUAAAAAACCUGAAUCCACAGCUAAUUAUCUCAAUCAAGAGUUUGAUUACAAAAAUGUUCUAAUUAUUUAUGUAUUUAAUUUCAUUCAAUAAAGAAAUGCAUUAUCGUACAGGCAA